AUGUCAUCAAUUCCCAGUAUUCAGUCAGGUGGCUCGUUAAUGCUAUCUUGGCAGGUAAAGGAUCGUCACGUGCUAGUUGUUGGCGGAGGUAGUAUCGGACUAUCACGUGUGAACCAUCUCCUUGAAGCAGAUGCCAAAGUGACAGUUAUAUCUGAGAAGAUGGAUCCUGUCAUUGAAAAGUAUGGUGAACUUGAGAUGAUGGAAAGAAAUGAGACCCGGAAAUUCUGUUUUGACGAUUUGCAGAUGUAUGAGACGUCCAACAGAGAUGAAUUGGCUCAAUUGGACCUCACAGAGCCAGAAAAUGUACAGCUUGUGGAAGACUUCGAUAGGAACCAGAGAUUUGCCCUGGUUCUUGUGUGCAUUAAUGAUCAUGAAUUGGCCAAGAAAAUCUACUAUCGUUGCAAGCAACUUGGACUAAAUGUCAACUUGGCAGAUAAGCCUGAUCUAUGUGACUUCUUCUUUGGCUCUGUAUAUCGUAAAGGGUCUCUACAAAUCAUGAUCAGCACAAAUGGAAGGUCUCCACGGUUGUGCAACAGACUCAAAAACUUCAAAAUCAAGCCAAUGUUUGAUGGAUUGGAUGUGAACACUGCCGUGGAAAAUUUGAGCUACAUGCGUAACCAAUUGAGGCAGACAAUACACCCCGGUGAUAACCCGAAAACAAUUGAAGAGAGAAUGGAAUGGAAUAAACAAGUAACAGACUUCUACAGUAUAGAGGAUUGGUGUGAAAUGGAGAAAAAUGACGUUGAUCAAAUAGUUUCCCAUUAUCCAGACCUACCCUCAUUGAUGUAA